UUUUUUUUUUUUGUUUUUGAUUCUCUUACACACCAAUUCUUCACGAUGGCUGGCUGGACGGACGAUGGCGUUCCCCCGGAGCUCGAAGACGCGCCUGCACUGCUCGAGACCAAGCUCGGCAAGCUCUGCGCAAUGAUAGACGCAGCAAAGUACAUUACCGUGUUCACUGGCGCGGGCAUCUCGACGUCGUCGGGAAUUCCGGAUUACCGCGGAACAACCGGAUUGCAGAUGACGCGGAAACCGCUCGUCGCGCUUGGUCUGAGCGAGCAGAAGGAGCUCGAUUACAUUAUGCCGACCUAUGCGCACGCGGCCGUCGCAGCGCUCGCUCGCAGCGGAGUCGUCAAGCUCGUUGCAACCAGCAAUCACGACGGCCUCCACAACAAGGCAGGCACCCCCGACGAGGUCAUUGCCGACAUCUUUGGCAACGUUUACACGGAAAAGUGCGACAAGUGCAAGACGCUGUUCCAUCGCAAAGUGAUUGUACCAACGCUGGGCCGUGUCUGCGAUAAUGCAGCUUGCCGAGGAACGCUGCGCAAGACUGGCACGCGCAUGGGCGGAAUGACUCCGCCAGAGCCCCUGGCACGUGCGGACGAGCAGGCGCGCAAGUCAGAUUUGGCGAUUGUGCUCGGCAGCUCGCUGUUGGUGUCGCCGUUCUGCCAGCUGCCAUUCCUGGCCAAGAAGACAGUGGUGGUGACACUUCAGGAAACGCCGUAUGAUUCGCAAGCUGCGCUGAAAAUCAAUACGCGUUGCGAUGCAGUCAUGCGUCGCAUUAUGGCACACCUCUCCAUGACCGUCCCGCCGCUGGACUACACGCAGCCAUUUUCCAUCCACUGGCAGCAACGAAUGGACGGUCCGAGCAACACCUGGCAAAUUCGCAUCUCCGGCGACCCGGCGCGUCCUUCAGAGCCUCCUCGCUGUGUCCAUAGCGUCAUGGCUCGAGUUCGACCCCUCUCGGGCUCCGGUGACGACGCAACCAAAGUGACCAAAGAAAUCGACAUGGACGACCGCACCGGCGAGUUUAUCGGCACAGUCACCGUGCCCGCAGCGCACGAGAUUGCGCUCACCAUUGAAUUCAAUUCUGCCCUCGACCCGAGUUCCGCGUUGUCCACCACUCGCCACAUCUCGCCUCACACCUCCUCAGCGGGAUCAGAAGUGCUCGAGUUUGUCAAGCAUGUCCCGUAUUAAGACUGCAAGCGAUUUUUUGAAGACUGCAGCGAUCUUGUUUUUUUUUGCCAGUAGUUUAGGUUUCGCUCAGUGUGAAAUGAAAAUUGCAGUAAAACAUUCACACAUACCAA